AUGGUCGAUCUAUGGACCAAGAGCAUCGUCAACAUGAACUCUCUUGUGUCUAGACUCCACACGUUGGACAAAUCUUACCUCUUGAUCAUCAUCCUGACAAUAUCUCUUCUUCUCUCGUUCCUGUAUAAAAGUAUCAAAGACCCUUUAAGAUCAGUUCCCGGCCCACGUCUAGCGAGACUUACAGGAUUCUACAUCACCUUCCUAGAAUUCGCGGGCCACCGUGCCACAACCGUUGCAGAACUACAUAAGAAAUAUGGACGCGUUGUGCGACUAGCACCCGACCAGCUUUCAUUCGCAUCUCCGGAAGCUCUGAAAGAUAUCUACGGUGCGAAUUCGAAAUUCACAAAAGGGCCGAUCUACGAGUCGCUGGGCUUCAAAGGUGUUUUCACCACACGUGAGCAGAACGAAUAUCGCACUAUGAAGAAGCGAGUCGUUCCGAGCUUCAAUCCCGCGUCGUUGAAUGACUUGGAACCGAUUGUUCAUCGGCAAGUCGCUAAUUUGAUCAAAUGCUUUGAUAAAAGGGUUGAUACGCAACUGGAUGUUCUUCCAUGGUUUCGCAUGCUUGCCCUUGGUGUUGUUGGUGAGAAAGAAUCUGUGGUCUAG